AAUCAGCAAGCUCUUCCCACUGAUUGGCUGUUGAGGCGCUUUCCGCCCUCCCCGGGCACGUCCCUGGGACGAUUAUACGCGCACAAAGAGCGACACUCCGAAGGCGAAGCCUCGGGGCCGAGUCCCCACCACGUACCCUGAGAGGCCACCCCGGUGAGGGCAGCAGAGCCCAUUCCUGUUGUUUGCAGGCCGGAGUGAGGGGGAAGUGUCUCUGAGGUUGGACCCUCACAACAGGGCCCAACAUGGCGCCCGCGUUGCCCCGGUAACGGCCACUUCCUGCGGCACUUCCGGCCGGUGAGCCCAAGAUGGCGGCGCCCAUGGCGGGCGCCGGGCCGGGGCCGCUCCCGGUGCUUCGGGUCGUGGCCGAGUGCGGGCGAAGCCGCGCCCGGGCCGGGGAGCUGCGGCUGCCGCGGGGGACCGUGCCCUGCCCCGUCUUCAUGCCCGUGGGCACCCGCGGCACCGCCAAGGGCCUCACGGCCGCGCAGCUGGCGGCGCUGGGCUGCCGCAUCUGCCUCGGCAACACCUUCCACCUGGGCACGAGGCCGGGCCCGGAGCUGAUCCGGCGUUCCGGGGGCCUCCACGGAUUCAUGGACUGGCCCCACAACCUGCUGACGGACAGCGGGGGGUUCCAGAUGGUGUCCCUGGCGCAGCUGUCGGAGGUGUCGGAGGAGGGGGUUCUGUUCCGACCCCCCCACGGGGGGGACGAGAUCCUGCUGAGCCCGGAGAAAUCCAUCGAGAUCCAGAACGCCCUGGGCGCCGAUAUCGUGAUGCAGUUGGACGACGUCGUGAGCAGCACCACGACGGGGCCGCGGGUGGAGGAGGCCAUGGACAGGUCCGUGCGGUGGCUCGAUCGCUGCGUGGCCGCUCACGCGCGCCCGGGGGAGCAGCUGCUCUUCGCCAUCAUCCAGGGGGGGCUGGAGCCCGCCCUGCGCCAGCGCUGCAUCCAAGCCAUGACCCAGCGGGACGUGCCGGGCUUUGCCAUCGGGGGCCUGAGCGGGGGCGAGGACAAGGGGCGGUUCUGGCGCGCGGUGAAGUUCAGCGCCGAGCGCCUGCCCCGGGACAAGCCCCGGUACCUCAUGGGCGUCGGCUACGCCACCGACCUGGUGGUUUGCGUGGCGCUGGGCUGUGACAUGUUCGACUGCGUGUUCCCCACCCGCACCGCGCGUUUCGGCUCCGCCCUGGUGCCCUGGGGGUCCCUGCAGCUCAAGAACCAACAGUUCGCCAAAGAUUUCCGCCCCAUCGACGAGGACUGCGCCUGCCCCACGUGCCAGAGGCACAGCCGGGCCUACCUGCACGCGCUGCUCCGCUCCGAGACGGCCGCGCUGCAUCUGCUCACCCUGCACAACGUCGCCUACCAGAUGAAGCUGAUGGGCUCCAUCCGGGAGAGCAUCCUGAGGCAGCGCUUCCCGGAGUUCGUGCGGGAGUUCAUGGACACCAUGUACGGGGGGCGGGGGGGGGCCCCCGCCUGGGUGAGGGAGGCUCUGGCCUCUGUGGGCAUCACCCUGGACUGACAGGGAACCCCCCCAAUCCCAGGGGGACCCCCAGACCCCCCCUAUGGUCCCCAAUCCCUGGGGGGACACUCAGUGCCCCCCCGUGCCCCCCAUUCCCUGGGGGGACACCCAGUGCCCCCCCGUGCCCCCUAAUCCCUGGGGAACCCCCCCAGACCCCUCUAUGCCCCCCCAGCCCCACUCGUGCCCCCCAAUCCUUGGAGGGACCCCUACUCCUCCCCCCAUGCCCCCCAGUUCCUGGGAGGCCCCCCCCAUCUCCCCCCUCUUUUGUGUGUCCCCCCCCCGUGUAUUUUUAUAUUUUUUAUGUGGUUUUUUUACUGCUUUGGGGUUUUUUAAGGGAGGGGGGGAAAUAAAGAGUUUGGGGGGAACAGCU